AUGGAAUCAGGUGCUCUGGCUCAUGUUCGGUUCAUUGCUGUUUCAGCUACUAUUCCAAACAUGGAGGACCUCAAUAUACAAGCAUUUGGAAUCGGGGAAGAUAAGAAAGACGAGAAGGCUGACCCCAAGGUGCUGGCUAACAAAGCUUCCAAGGCUUUUGUUCAUUUGUAUGAGAAGUUUACUAAGAAGGCUGACCCCAAGGUGCUGGCUAACAAAGCUUUCAAGGCUGUCAAAGCUGGAGCAUCAACCAUUAAGAAGAAGGCUAAGAACAUCUGCACAUCAGUCACAUUUCACAGGCCAAAGACAUUGCAGAAGGCAAGGAAUCCCAAGUACCCAUGUAUUAAUGCACUACCAAGGAACAAGCUUGACCAUUACCAGAUCCUGAAAUACCCACUCACCACCGAGUCCGUAAUGAAGAAGAUUGAAGACAACAACAAGAAGAAAACAAGGAUGCUUUCAAGAAGAUGUACAACAUCCAGACAGAUAAUUGAACACCGUUAUCAAGUAAGCCUUCCUGAUUACUUAUGA